AUCGAAAUCAGAUGGGCCUUUACUUGAACAUCCCGUAUAUGGGCCAGGGCCUUUACGUCCACUGACCCCGUACGUGUUCCCCGCCAGAACGCCGCAAUGUCGCAGGCCGCCAUGGCGGGGAAGAAGUUCUCGUCCUACCACCUCGCCGCCGCCCUCCGCCGCGAGCGGGAUCCCAGCGCCGCGCUGCGCCUCUUCCUCAACCCCACUACCUCCACCACGUCGUCCUCCGCACCGUUUCGCUACUCCCUCCUCUGCUACGACCUCAUCAUCUCCAAGCUCGCCGCCGCGCGCCUCUUCCCGGCCAUGGAGUCCAUCCUCUCCCGCCUCGCCUCCUCCUCGGACCUCCGUCCCCCAGAGCAGCUCCUCGGCCGCGUCAUCUCCGCCUACGGCCGCGCCGGUCUCCCCGCCGCGGCGCGCCGCGCCUUCGCUCACCCGGCCUUCCCCGAGCCCCGCACGGCCCGGGCGUUUAACACCCUCCUCAACGCCCUGCUUGCCUGCCGCGCCCCCCUCCGCGACCUCCUUGCGGUAUGCCACGACACCAGGAUCCCGCCCGACGCGGCCACCUAUAACAUCCUGAUGCGGGCUGCUGCUGCGUCGGGCUCCGUCGAGCACGCGCGCCACCUGUUCGAUGAAAUGCUGAGCCGGAGCAUCGCGCCGACCAUCGUCACGUUCGGCACGUUUGUGACCGCUCUGUGCAACGCGGGUCAGCUGGAAGACGCGUUCGAGGUGAAGGAGGUGAUGGUCAAGCAGUACAACUUGCCGCCGAAUGCUUAUGUGUACACGAGUCUGAUGAAGGGGCUCUGCGAGAAAGGGGAAGUGGAUGCCGCAGUCAGGCUCAAGGAAGAGAUGGCGGGGAAUGCAGAACCUGUGCUGGAUUCAGCUGUAUAUGCGACACUUUUACGGGCAUUUUUUCGGGUAGGGCGGAAAGGUGAGGUAGUUGGAUUGCUGGAGGAGAUGAAGGGGAGGGGGAUUGUGCCUGGUAGGGUAGUGUACAAUGCGUUGAUUGCAGGCUUCUGCGAGGAUGAGAGGGAUCCAAGUGCUGCAUUUGCAGUGCUUGAUGACAUGCAGAAGAAUGUGUGCAAGCCAGAUGUGGUGACCUAUGAUACACUGGUUGCAGGUCUGUGCAAGUUGGGGCGGUGGCAGGAUGCUGCUGAAUUGGUUGAGGAUAUGCCAAGGCGGGGGUGCCCUCCACAUUUGGUGACCUACAGAAUGCUCUUCGAUGGGAUGUGUGCUGCUGGGGAGUUUCUUGAGGCAGAUCAGAUUUUGAAUGAGAUGGUUUUCAGGGGUUUUGCACCAAGCAAGGAUGGUGUGAGGAAGUUUGUUCAGGGUAUUGAGAGCCAAGGAGAUGUGGCAUUGCUGGAGUCAGUGUUGUGCCGGCUGGCGAAGGUGAAUGCUUUGGAGCCAAGUGGAUGGGAGAAAGCUGUAAGUGGUCUGUUGAAUGAUCCCACAAAGUUGAGGCUAGAGAAGCAGCUAGAUUCUUUAAGAAUUGCUUGAUUAGACAUCACAGUGGAUUUGAUCAAUGCAGUGUUGUACUGUUGUGAAAAAUAACAAGCUUGGUUUUUAACUACCAGUUCAUUCAUCUUCUGUACAAGGCUGCCUUGCAGGUAGUCUUUCCCAUUUCAGAAUCAAACGCUCAUCACCAGAUCAACAAGAACAAAUGGCUAAGGCGUCAUCGUGGUAGUCAGCUUGGUGGUGGAGAUGAAAGUGAGCGGGGUUGUAGCUGAUAGGGUGGUGCACGAUGUGAUGACCGCGUGCUUUUGUAAGGAUGAGGGGUAUCCAAGUGCUGCAUUUGCGGUGCUUGAUGACAUUUACAAGAGUUGGUGCAGGGUAAGUGUGGUGAGCUAUACACGUUGGUAAGUUGGUUGCCACAUUGUGCAAGUUGGACCGGUGGUGGGAUGCUGGUGGAUUGGUUGAGGAUAUGCCUAGGUGGAGGAAAUGCAGAAUAAUCUUUGAUAGGAGGUUUGCUGCUCGGGAGUUUCUUGAGGCAGACCAGGUUUUGAAUGAGAUGGUUUUCAAGGGUUUUGCGUUUGCACCACGCAAGGAUGGUGCGAGGCGCUUGCAGUUGCAGGGGAGAUCCAGCAGGAGAAACAAAGUGCACGUGGGCGCGCCGAGACGGCGGCGGUGGAGAUGGCGGCCUGCUCGCUCAGAGGUGGUUUGAUCAGGGGGUCUUUCACCUCGUGGUGCUGUGAUCGUCAUGUGCGGAUCAGCUUCAGGUGGGUGACAAUGAUCGCCCGACUGAAAAACUUAUUAGGAAGCACAUAUGGGAUGCAACAAUGUUUAUGUGACACUAUCCUGUCUGAUACUCAUGAGAACAAAGUGGUGGAAAAGGAUACAUAUCAAGUUGUAUCAUAAUGUCAUCCAAAGUAUGCGAAUAUCGAGUGGUAUCCAUCUUAAGUAUCUGAAUAUUACGUGCUA